GAAACUGCAGGCGGCGGCGGCGGCAGCGAAAGCGAAGGAAAAAUCGCCAGCUGGAGCGGGGGCCCCAGAAUUCUGACCAUACACUUAGAACUUUUACAGGUCGCGCUGUGACGGCCCCGCUCCGCCCCCUUUGCUCCCAAGUCCUCACGCAGAAACAGGGCUUUGCCUUUCCCGCCGCAGGAAGGGAAAAUAGGGGAGUUGCAAGCAGCAGCAGGUGCAGAAGGACGGGGGUCUCUUGCUGCCUAGAAUCGUGACUGGUGCAAUUUUUUCCCUCUUCCAAUUUAACGCAGGAGAGACGCUGUCUCCAGAUUUCUGAACUCAGACGCUUCCUGGAGCUUGAAAGUGGAGGAAUUCAGGGGCAGGCAGACAGCGUAUCUAGAAGUGUUUAUCUUCUGAGCGGCAAGCCCUGCUUGCAAAAAGAGUUCUGCCAAGAAAGAGCCUUCUGCCCUCUUGUCUGACUUAAGCUCGACCCUGAACCUCUGGCGCCUGCCACAGGACUUUACUGCAAAGGGGGUGUGUGUACAAAGAGGAGGACUUUACCGCCUAGCUGCAAAAUGGACAACGUCCUUCCAAUGGACUCAGACCUCUUCCCAAACAUCUCCACUAACACCUCAGAGCCCAACCAGUUCGUGCAGCCAGCCUGGCAAAUUGUCCUUUGGGCAACUGCCUACACGGUCAUCGUGGUGACCUCCGUGGUGGGCAACGUAGUGGUGAUGUGGAUCAUCUUGGCCCACAAGAGAAUGAGGACAGUGACCAACUAUUUCCUGGUGAACCUGGCCUUCGCGGAGGCCUCCAUGGCUGCAUUCAACACAGUGGUGAACUUCACCUACGCAGUCCACAACGAGUGGUACUACGGCCUGUUCUACUGCAAGUUCCACAACUUCUUCCCCAUUGCUGCUGUCUUCGCCAGUAUCUACUCCAUGACGGCUGUGGCCUUUGAUAGGUACAUGGCCAUCAUUCAUCCCCUCCAGCCCCGGCUGUCAGCCACAGCCACAAAAGUGGUCAUCUGUGUCAUCUGGGUCCUGGCUCUUCUGCUGGCCUUCCCCCAGGGCUACUAUUCAACCACAGAGACCAUGCCCAGCAGGGUCGUGUGCAUGAUCGAAUGGCCGGAGCAUCCCAACAAGAUUUACGAGAAAGUGUACCACAUCUGCGUGACUGUGCUGAUCUACUUCCUCCCCCUGCUGGUCAUCGGCUAUGCGUACACCGUGGUGGGAAUCACGCUGUGGGCCAGCGAGAUCCCUGGAGACUCCUCGGACCGAUACCACGAGCAAGUCUCUGCCAAGCGCAAGGUGGUCAAAAUGAUGAUCGUCGUGGUUUGCACCUUUGCCAUCUGCUGGCUGCCCUUCCACAUCUUCUUCCUGCUGCCCUACAUCAACCCGGAUCUCUACCUGAAGAAGUUUAUCCAGCAGGUCUACCUAGCCAUCAUGUGGCUGGCCAUGAGCUCCACCAUGUACAACCCCAUCAUCUACUGCUGCCUGAAUGACAGGUUCCGCGUGGGCUUCAAGCACGCCUUCCGGUGCUGCCCCUUCAUCAGCGCCGGCGACUAUGAGGGGCUGGAAAUGAAGUCCACCCGAUACCUCCAGACCCAAGGCAGCGUGUAUAAGGUCAGCCGUCUGGAGACCACCGUCUCCACAGUGGCGGGGGCCCACGAGGAGGAGCCGGAGGACGGCCCCAAGGCCACACCCUCGUCCCUGGACCUGACCUCCAAUGGCUCCUCGCGCAGCGACUCCAAGACCAUGACAGAGAGCUUCAGCUUCUCCUCCAACGUGCUGUCGUAGGCCACAGGGCCUUCAGCAGGUACAGCACCCCCGUCUUUGUCCUGCUUCACAUCAUGCAUAGAUGCUUCCUCGAUAUGGAGACCAUCAGAAACACCCUAACAUUCAGGCCGCGGAAAGGGUCAGAAUGAUGUAGAGAAAACAUUCCAUCCUAGAGCCUAAAAAUCUGGAUUCCUCCCUGUCUUCACCACCUCCAUGCUGUGUGACUCAACGCAAAUCAUUGAGCUUUGCUGAGCCUGUAAAAUGAGAAAAGUUGGACUAGAUUUUCCCUAAAGCCCAUCCCAAUACUCCAGAAUUGACUUUGGCUGCAUGCGGGUGCUCCUUUCAGGAUG